AUGCCGCGUAUCGAUGCCUCCGGCGGCUACGAUGGUUUCUUCGGAGGCCAAGCAUUUCGCCCCACUAUCAACACCUACCAGUACGCCAAUGCUCGUGCGAUUGCCAAGACUGCUGCUCUCAAGGGCGGCCUGGACAGCGUUGUUGAGGAAUACAACACUCGUGCUCAGAACAUCAAGGACACCCUCCAGAGGGAUUUGUGGAACUCGACCUUCGAGCACUUCAUCGAUCGGUACCAAGUUAACAACGAGAAUGUCACCUACUGGGACUUCAUCCGCGGCCGUGAGCUCGCUGGUUUUGUUCCUUGGGCCCACGACCUGCUGGAUGAUGAUGCCAAGUUUGGUGAGGCAUGGAAGCAUGCGCUGAACUCCGAGGAGCUCGGUGGUCCCUUUGGCCUGCGCACUGUUGAGCCUUCGUACGAGUACUACAUGCGUGUUUGGAGAUACGAGGGCACUCACACCGAGUGCCACUGGAACGGUCCCUCUUGGCCGUAUCAGACAACUCAGGUCUUGACUUCCCUUGCCAACGUUCUCGACCACUACCCCAACACUUCGGCCCACGUCACUGUCGGAGACUACACCCGCCUUCUGAAGCAGUACGCCAAUCAGCACUACAAUAAGCACUACGGUAACAUCCUGGAUAUUGAGGAGAACUACGACCCUGACACUGGUGAACCUAUUGUUGGCCUCGGACGUUCGCACCACUACUUCCACUCUGGUUACGUUGAUCUCAUUGUCACCGGUUUCGUCGGCAUUCGUCCCCGCGAAGACGAUGUGCUUGAGGUCAACCCCCUGGCCGACCCCUCCUCCAUCUCUUACUUCCGCGCGGAGCGUAUCCUCUAUCACGGCCGUGAAGUUGCUGUCCAAUGGGACGCUACUGGCGCGCGCUACGGCGAAGCAGGUCUCCGAGUUGAAGUUGAUGGACAAGUCGUCGCCUCUUCCGACAAGCUCGAGAGACUUACCGCCGAGGUCACACGCGCGCCAGUCUCCGUCGCGCGCCCCUUUGACCAGUCCGUCCAGCUCCAGGCUACCGAGCCCCUGCCCAUCAUCAACGCCUCCGUCCCCAACUACGACAUCAACCGUGUCCACGAUGUAUUCGAUGGUCGCAUCUGGUUCUGGACCCAAGACACCAUCGCCAACGGUUUCGAUACUCCCGAGGGCAGCACCGCCGAGGAAUGGGUCAGCCUCGAGUUCGGAUCCGCUGUUGAGGCUGCCCGAGCUGAGAUUGCUUUCUUCGCGAAUGAAGAGAAGGGAUUCGAUGUGCCCGCCAGCUACAAGUUGCAGGUUUUGAGCGGUGAAUGGACCGAUGUGGCUGAUGCGACGUACGAUGCGCCGUUGGCCAACGGUAUUACCAAUGCGAAGUGGACUGGGGUGUCUACCCAAUCUCUCCGCAUUCUCGUGAAGCCUCAAGAUGGCAAGCGCGUCCGUCUGGUUGAGCUGAAGGUCUUCACUGAGUAG